UUGGAGGAGGAGGAGGAGGAUGUCCAUUUGAGGUUGGAGGAGGAGGAGGUCCCUGUGAGGUUGGAGGAGGAUGUCCGCUUGAGGUUGGAGGAGGAGGAGGAGGUCCCUGUGAGGUUGGAGGAGGAGGAGAGCAUACCUAUGAGGGAAGAUUUGGGGCCAGGAUCGGGUUCCCCAAUGAGGUUGGGACUGGGAUUGAAGUGGGAAUAGGUUCCAGUGAGAAAAGGGUUGGGAGUGUGAACCCCAGUGAGGAGACCCAGGGGAUUCACUAUGACGAAGGGGAUGCUGGUAAGGAAGGGUUCAGGCUGCCCACUCAACAAGAGCAGCAGUGCUGGAUGGAACAGGCUUUCAGUACGGCAAAAGGGGCUUUGGAGAACGGUGAGGUGCCUGUUGGGUGUCUGAUGGUUUACCACAAUGAGGUAUUGGGACGAGGGAGGAAUGAAGUCAAUGAAACCAAAAAUGCUACUCGUCAUGCGGAGAUGGUCGCCGUUGGCCACGUCCUGGAGUGGUGUCGCCAGAAAGGCAGGAGGUGGCAGGAAGUGUUUAAAGACACAGUGCUGUAUGUCACUGUGGAACCUUGUAUCAUGUGCGCUGCCGCCUUGCGACUGCUGAACAUUCCACUGGUCGUGUACGCCUGUCGGAAUGAGCGCUUUGGAGGUUGUGGUUCAGUGCUGAACAUUCCCGCCGAUGAUUUACAACACACUGGAGCCCCCUUUCAGUGCAUAGGUGGACACAGAGCUGAGGAAGCUGUGGAUCUGUUGAAGACGUUUUACAAAGCUGAAAACCCCAAUGGAACAUUUGCUUUUUCCAAUACAGCGCCAAAAUCAAAAGUACGGAGGAAGGAAUAAAGCCUGCCAUGUCGAUCCCACGGUUGUGGCAUGCUCGGCAUAACGCCUAGUUGGUUAAAAGACAAACACUCAGGCAAGACGUUCAGUGCUUAACACAAGCCAACUGGACAGUGGAAGUGAGGCAGUCGACUGAGUCAAGGGAUGAUCACAGGAAGACAAUGACAGCAAUUGUAGGCAGUAGCAGAACACCUCAGGGCGUGUUUCUGUCUCAUUAACAGCCUCGCCCUUCCAGUUUGCCUACGCACUCUGACAGAGUCAUGGAAUGUCCUUCCUGUGGCACAGCUGCAGGCUUUGUCCCUACCCCCGUCUCUUGGUCAGGAUUGAGAAUCCAAGUGGGGGUAGCAGGUGUGAACAUGUUCUCCCACUCCAGUGAUUUCAUAGAGUCAUCGAGCAAUACAGCAUGGAUACAGGCCCUUCGGCCCACCCAGCUAGUCCCAAUUUCCUGUGUUCGGCCCAUACCCCUCCCCUCCAUAUACCUAUCCAAGUGAUUCUUCAAUGAUACUAUUGUACCUGCCUCAGCCACUUCCUCUGGCAGCUCGUUCCAUAUACUCACCACACUCUUGCGUGAAAAAGGUGCCCCUCAGAUCCCUUGAAUCUUUCCCCUCAUCCUAAAUCUAUGCACCGUGCCCCCCCCCCCCCCCCCAGUUUUGGACUCCCCUACCCCAGGGAAAAGACCGCUACCAUCCACCUUAUCUAUGCAUCUCAUAAUUUUAAACAUUUCUAUAAGGUCACCCCUCGUUCUCCUACACUCCAAUAGAGACCUAGCCUGGCCAACAUCUCCCUAUAACUCAGGCCCUCAAGUCCUGGCAACAUCCUUGUAAAUCUUUUCUGCACUCUUUCCAGUUUAACCACGUCUUUCCUAUAACAGGGUGAACAAACCUGUACACAGUACUCCAAGUGCAGCCUCACCAAUGACUUGUACAACUGCAACUUAAUGUCCCAACUCCUAUACUCAAUGGCGUGACUGAUGAAGGCCAGCGCGCUAAAUGCCUUUUUCACCAUGGUCUACCUGUGACGCCACUAUUUUAGUCCAUCAAAUUUGCUUGUGAAAUUUAAUGAUGCAAAUGUAAAUUUUAUUUCUUGGGUGUAAUUUAUAAAUUGUAAAGUUCGUCCAAACGGUAAGUGAACAGAAAGGACUCUGAGUGCAUCAUAUUGUGCAUGGGCCACCUGCACAAACAUAUCACUUUGAUUAGAGGAGGAGGACACAUACAAACUAAUGACAAGAUAAUUUAUCCCAUCAGGAAUAGCGUAAACAAACAGGUACAGAACCUUGACGAGUUUGGCUUGUUCAUCCUCUGAGCAUUCCUCCACUCCCAGCCUCUGCAUCGUCACUGAUUUUAAUCGCUCCACCACGGGCAAGUCCUUAAGCCUGGAAUUCCUUCCUCUCUGCCUCUGGGAUGCUUCCUUAAAUCUCAUCCUAAUCAAGCUUUUGGUCCUCUGUUUUAAUCCACUUGUGUAGUUUGAUUGCCAAUUUUGCUGAAAAACUCCUAUCAAGCAGCUUAGGAUAUCAUGCACAAGCACAUUGAGGAUGCCUUAUGAGUGCAAGUUGCUGUGGUAAAUGACCUUGGUUUCAUGAUGGGGUGGGGUGGGGUGCACAUUACACAUUUGGUCUUAGACCCGAGGUUGGCCAGGAUGGGCACUCUAAUUGGCAUCCCAGCGUGACUGCAGUGGGGAGGGUCCAGAGGAGAUCCACCAGGAUGUUGCCUAGGAUGGAGCAUUUCAGUUAUGAGGGUUUGUUUUCCUUGGAGCGGAUGAAGCUGAGGAGAAAACUGAGGGAGAUAUACAAAGUUAUGAGACAUAGAUUGGAUAGAUAGUAAGAAACGUUCCCCCACAGCAGAGGUACGUAAAACUAGAAGGUGUAGGUGUAGGGUAAGAGACAUAGAGGGGAUCUGAGGGAGAACUUCCUCAUCCAGAGGGUGGUUGGAGUUUGGAAUGCUCUAGUUGAGUGCCUGGUGGAGGCUGAGACUCUCAUAACAUUUGAGGGGUACCUAGCUGAGCACUCAAAUUACCCAGACAGGCUACGGAUCAAGUACUGGUGCUGGUGGCGUUUGAGGAGAUUCAGUACGUCACCAGAGACUUACAGAUUUCUGUAGAUGUACGAUGGAGAGCAUUCUGACUGGUUGCAUCACCGCCUGGUAUGGAGGCUCCAAUGCGCAGGAUCGCAAGAGGCUGCAGAGGGUUGUAGACUCACCCUAGCUCCACCACGGGCACAACCCUCCCUACCAUCAAGGACAUCUUCAAGUGGUGGUGCCUCAAGAAGGCGGCAUCCAUCACUAAGGACCCUCACCACCCGGGACAUGCCCUCUUCUCGCUACUACCAUCAGGGAGGAGGUACAGGAGCCUGAAGACCCACACUCAAUGAUUCAGGAACAGCUUCUUCCCCUCCACCAUCAGAUUUCUAAACGGUCCAUGAACCCAUGAACACUACCUCGUUAUUCCUCUUUUGCACUAUUUAUUUUUGUAUCUUAUACUAAUCUUUAUGUCUUGCACUGUACUGCUGCCACAAGCAACCUAUUUCAUGACGUAUGUCAGUGAUAAUAAACCUGAUUCUGAUCUGUUGGUGUUGUACAGCACAGGCCCUUCAGCCCACCAUAUCCAGACUGACCAUUUUGUCCAUCUGCACCAAUCUAUUUGCCCACAUUAGGUCUGUAUCCUAUGUCUGUCUCUAAAUGUAUUUCAAAUGUAAUGGUUGGAUCUGACUCAACCACUUCUGGAAGUCCAUUCCAGAUAUCAACCACUGUGCAAAAAAACUUUUCCUUCAAUCCCCAUUUAAAACUCCUUCUUCUCACCUUAAACCUAUGUUUUUGAUACCCCUACCAUUGGAAGGAUAUCUACUCUAUCAGGUCAUGCCUCAGCCUCCUUUGCUCCGGGUAAAAUGAGCCCAGCCUGUCCAAUGUCGCCCUCCCAUCCGGGCAACAUCCUAGUGAAUCUCCUCUGCACUCUCUCCAGAGCAAACACAUAUUUCCUAUAGUGUGGUGACCAGAACUGCAUACUCAUUGUGGUCUAAUCAGUGUUUUGUAAAGUUGCAACAUCCCAACUUUUUAUAUCCAAUGCCUGACCUAUGAAUGGUUGGACACAGGGUGAUAAAGACAUAUUCUAUCUACUUCUGUUGCAACUUUCAGGGAAGUAUGGACUUGAACCUUCCUCUUUCUUAACACUGACCCACUCCAGAUUAUCCACAUAUCCCUCCCUGGAUUCACUAUCUUGCAUGUCCUUUGUGAAUACAGAUGAGAAGUAUUCAUUUCGG